GCGUGGCUGCGAGGGGAGACCAAGCGGGCGCUCCCAAACGUGGGGGGCGGGAGAGCAGCCUGGGCUGAGGGUCCAUGUCCUGGUCAGUGCAUUUCGUUGCAGCGCCUGCCUCUUGCGCAGUCUUGGGAGGGGGCUUGUGCGGCCAGCGAGCCUCCACUGACUCCGCAUCCCCAGGCUUUAGAAUCACUUCUUAGGAGCCUUGCCUCCCUGCUGCCCAGAGUCAGCAUGGCAGCUCGCCUGGUGAAGCAGUGCACCUGCCUCCUGAGAGAAGCCACGCGUCUAGCCCCUGCCGUGUCUUCAGCUGGCCGACUAAGACUUGCUGGGGUAGCCCGUAGGACUCUGACUUCCUCAGCUACCUCACCCAGUUCCCACUUAUCACGUCCGUUGUCAGAACUUGUGGAGAAGGAACAAGUGUUUACUCCCUACCCAGAGCGCCAGGAGGUAGACCACCUUAUCGAGAAGGCCACCCAACCAGAAGACAUCCUAAAGCUCCUUGGUGGUGGUCACUGCCUGCAUCACAACCAUGCAGCCCUCAUGCUCAUCCAGAUCUCUCGCCUACUAUCAGAGAAACCAGAGGACAAAGCCUUGCUCAUACAGGAUCCCCGUUUUCAGCAACUUCUCAGUCUUACUAACAAUCAGAUAACCACAGUCUGGCAUGGAACCCUCGUGAAGCUGCUUCGGAGCCUCUAUACACUAGGACUUCCCUCACCCUCCAAGGAACUUCGGUCUGUGGAGCAAGAGGUUCGCUGGCGCAUGCGCAGGCUUAAGUACAAGCACCUGGCCUUCCUGGCUGAGUCCAGCACCACCUACAUGCAGGGGCAGGACUCCCAGGAGCUGCUGGCUGAGCUGCUUGUGCACUUGGAGCGGCGCUGGGCAGAAAUCGAAGACAGCCGCAUGCUGGUAUCCAUCAUGAUGAAAGCAGGACACCUCUCUGAGUCACUGAUGAACCGCUUAGAGGACAAGUGUCUGGAGCUGGUGGAGCAGUUUGGCCCUGAUGAGCUACGGAAGGUGCUGUUGACUCUGGCGGCCCAGAACCGGCGGUCCGUGCCCCUGCUGCGGGCUGUCUCUUACCACCUGGUCCAGAAACCCUUCACCCUAACUAAAGGCAUUCUCCUGGACCUGGCCUAUGCCUAUGGCAAACUCAACUUCCACCAGACCCAGGUGUUCCAGCGUCUGGCUGCUGACCUGCUGCCUCAUAUAUCCAGCAUGACAUCCAGCGAGGUGGCCCGCUGUACCAAGUCCUUUGCCUUUCUCAAGUGGCUCAACCUGCCUCUGUUUGAGGCUCUUGCUCAGCACAUACUGAGCAGAGCCCAGGACGUCACCCUGCCGUAUCUCUGCAACAUGCUUCUGGCUUUUGCCCGUCUGAACUUCCAUCCAGAGCAAGAGGAGCGGUUCUUCAGCCUGGUACAUGAGAAGCUGGGGUCAGAGUUGGCACGCCUGGACCCAGCCCUGCAGGUGGACGUGGUGUGGGCCCUGUGUGUGCUGCAGCAGGUACAGGAUGCAGAGCUGCAGGCUGUGCUCCGCCCUGAACUUCACACCCAGUUUCUAGGUGGCAAGUCCCCAAAGGAACAGAGCACCUUUCAGAAGUUGCUCCACAUCAAUGCCACUGCCCAGCUAGAGUUUCCUGAAUACACAGGCCCCCUUUUGCCGGCCUCAGCCUUGGUGCCCAAGCCCUCCGCCCUUGAUAAGAAGGUGACCCCCUUUCAAAAGGAGCUGCAAGAGACACUGAAGGGGCUUCUGGGGAAUGCUGACCGGGGCAGUUUCAUGGUGGCCACACAAUAUGGCUGGGUUCUGGAUGCUGAAGUGCUGCUGGAUAGAGAUGGCCAGUUCCUCCCCCUGCGGAAGUUCGUGGCCCCUCAUCUUACCCAACCCUCUGGGAACCAGCCACUGCCCCCUGGGGUUAAGAGACUGGCCUUCCUGAGGUGGGAGUUCCCCAACUUCAACAGCCGAAGCAAAGACUUGCUGGGACGCUUUGUGCUGGCCCGGCGGCAUGUGUUGGCUGCUGGCUUCCUGGUGGUUGAUGUGCCCUUCUACGAAUGGCUGGAACUCAAGUCUGAGUGGCAGAAAAGUGCCUACCUCAAGGACAAGAUGCGCAAAGCAGUGGCAGAGGAGCUGGCCAAGUGACCUGUCCCGAAGCUUGGAUCGUGUUCCUAGAGGCCUCGCUGUGGGAAUGGGGCGGGCACAGGGUGGGAACAAAGUAGCACAUGAGAGGACAAGCCCUGGUGCAGGACUUUGGCCAAAGUGGGGUACAGCUCCAGUAGCAGAUGGCCCUCUUGUGGGUAAUAAAUCUUAAUUUUUGGCUUUCAACACCAGGAGGUGUUCUAGGUUUUGUCAACCCAGCUUCGGCAGCUGGGGGAUGACUCCGCAGUUCUCCCCAGUGCUCUCCUUCUCUCCGAUGUCAGCAGAAGCUGCUAGUCAUAGAGAUGGAGGCUGCGAAGGAGGGGUAGCUCUGUGGAGAGAAAACAGUCUUCGUCCUGACUGCCCUGGGCACUCCAGCUGCACAUCUGACCAUCUGUCCUGCUGCUUUCUGCCACCCACAGGGACGCCUCAUUAUACACUCAUUCACCUGUGGUAGCCUGUAGCUUCAGGCCUGUGGUCAGCCUGGCACUGAAUCCUUGAAUUCUAAACUUCAUGCCAGUUGAGUUUUCAGUGCAUGGCCUAGUGUCCUCAUUGUGGUGUGGUUACUGAUCCCCAGUUGUACCAGGAGGUCUCCCAUCCAUGGUCUUAGAGGAAUUGGAGGGCUCCUGAUGAUCUGUACUGAUGGGUGACGGAAGGACUGGCACUUGGGAAGCACUGACUCUGGGGCAGAAGAAGGGAGACCACUGGGCUGACACUGCAGGGUCAGGAGAGACCCCUUCCUGUCACCACACCUUCAUAGUGUGCGAACCCUUCACUGCUGGGGUACCAGACACUGGAAAGAAGCAGGCUGCCUCCACCCUCCUAACCCACCUGACAUGUGCUGGCAGAACAGACUAAGGGGAAGCCAGGCAUUGUCGUUUGCCUCCAACAGCAUGGAGGGGAGAAUGGACGAUGCGAGUAGAGCUGAGUAACGGAGGGCCACUUCCUCUGGGCCUCCCACCCCUGGCAAGUCUUCUCCCUACUGU